AAUUUUGUCAAAACAAUUUGUCCUUAGAGGUUAGGAUAGACGAGCUACUAAUAUUAUUUAUUUUUAAAUAUAUUAGUUUUAAACUACAACUAGUGACUAGUGAGCGUUUAAUAAAUAAAGUAAAAUUUAAUAAAUAUUUAUAUUUAGUGACUACAACUUAUACUUUCGCAUGUUAACUAUAACUUAUACAUACAUUAUUAUAAUACGAUAUAAUGUCGAAAAUAUUUUGUUUUGCUUUUCGCUUCAAGUUUAUAAGUCCUAAUUUACAAGUUUCUUUUUAUUCCUCACAACCAAAACGAGAAUGUAAGAAGAACAUAGGCAAAGUCGUAAAUGUAGCAAUUAUUGGGUCGCCAAAUGCAGGAAAAAGUACUUUAAUUAAUAGAAUCUUAGAAAGGAAAAUAUGUGCUGCUUCUAAUAAAGUACAUACUACUACUAAAUUGACCAGAGCACUUUGCUAUGAAAAUGAUACUCAGAUUGUGUUUUUGGACACUCCCGGAAUUGUUACAGUCAAAGAACAAAAGAAAUAUAAAUUGCCGGAGUCAAUGCUUGCAGCAUGUCAUAAAAGCUUAAGAUGUGCAGAUGUAAUUGGAGUUGUACAUGAUGUUUCAAAUAAAUGGACUAAAGACAAAUUGCAUAGUGAUGUCAUAAACAUGUUAGAAGUUGUUAAGGAUAUUCCAAAGUUCUUGAUUUUAAAUAAGGUGGAUAUGUUAAAGUCUAAGAAACAACUACUCACAGUUAUUAAUAAUCUUACAAAUGGUAUAAUUGCUGGUAAUCCUAUACCUAAUGCAACUAAAAGUAAGAAAAACCAAGAAAAAUUACAAGGGUAUAGUCACUUUUCUGACGUGUUUCUAGUAUCUGCGCUCAAGGGAGAUGGUGUUAGUGAUAUAAAGCAAUAUCUUAUCAGUAAUGCCAAAGUUCGUUAUUUGCAAUACGAUCCAUCGGAAUGGACCGAUCAGACGCACGAAAUAUUAAUAGAGGAAGCAGUGAGAGCGAAAUUUAUGGAUUUCCUUUCCCAAGAAAUUCCUUACAACUUAAUUACAAAAUUAGAAUAUUUUGACGAUGUUGCAGAGGAAGACAAAAUUGUGUGUUCAGUGUCUGUAGAAUGUCCUACUGACAGAUUAGUUAGGUUGAUAAGUGGGGCAGGGGGAGGUCGGCUGCAACAGAUCAAAUCUCAUAUUAGACAUGAUUUAAUAGAUAUGUUUAAAAAAACAGUGAUAAUAGAUGUACAGUUAAAAGUAAAAAAUAAAAGUACUUCAGAAGAUAUUAUUUAAAUAAAAAUAAAUAUCCGUUUUAGAUAUUUGUGAUGUGAUUGAUAUUAAUAAAUUAUUUAUUACA